UGGCGUUCGGACGCUCUGAAAUUUUGGCUUCCUAUUUAAUAGCAAUUUAAUUGGACAAAUUGGAUUUGGUGACAGUCACAUAAGAUAUAUUAAAAUGAGUGCCCUCAUAUUUUUGUGUGCGAUUCUAAUUGGAUUUGUGAUUUAUUCACUUAUCAGCUCAGUUCGGCGUCCCAAGAAUUUUCCUCCAGGACCUUCAUUUCUUCCAUGGCUGGGCAACACUUUACAGUUCCGUAAGGAAGCCCGUGCCCUUGGUGGCCAGCACAUCCUGUUCGAGCGGUGGGCGCAAGACUUUCGGAGUGAUCUGGUGGGACUAAAACUCGGUCGAGAGUACGUGGUGGUUGCCCUCGGUCACGAGAUGGUCAAGGAAGUCCAACUGCAGGAGGUUUUCGAGGGACGACCGGAUAACUUUUUCUUACGCCUGCGCACCAUGGGAACCAGGAAGGGAAUCACCUGCACAGAUGGACAACUUUGGUACGAGCAUCGCCACUUUGCCAUGAAGCAGAUGCGACACGUGGGCUACGGACGGAGUCAGAUGGAGCACCACAUCGAACUGGAAGCCGAGGAACUACUCAGCCAAUUAGAACGCACGGAGGAGCAGCCAAUUGAACCGGUCACAUGGCUGGCACAAAGUGUCCUCAAUGUGCUUUGGUGCCUGAUAGCCGGGAAAAGAAUCGCCAGCCAGGAGGAUGGCACCCUGCGCCGCCUGCUUGACCUGAUGAACCGUCGAUCCAAGCUCUUUGACAUAUGCGGUGGCCUGCUGGCCCAGUUCCCCUGGCUGCGCCAUGUGGCUCCCGAUCGCACUGGCUACAAUCUCAUCCAGCAGCUGAACACGGAGCUAUAUGGCUUCUUUAUGGACACAAUCGAGGAGCACCGGCGGCUGCUAGCCAAGGAUCCCUCGCCGUCAGAGAGCGAUCUUAUUUAUGCGUACCUUCAGGAGAUGAGGGAUCGCAGUUCCAGUGGCGAGAACAGCAGCUUCAAUGAGACACAGCUGGUGAUGACCAUCCUGGAUUUCUUUAUAGCUGGUUCUCAGACCACCAGCAAUACGAUCAACUUGGCAUUGAUGGUGCUGGCCAUGCGAACGGAUGUCCAGGAGAAGCUAUUCGCUGAGGUCACCGCUAGUGUGGCUGCUGCGAGUUCCGACGCAUUUCCCCACUUGAGCCGGCGCGAAUCGUUCGACUACAUGGAUGCCUUCAUCAUGGAGGUGCAGAGGUUCUUUCACAUUACUCCGAUUACGGGUCCAAGGCGAGCACUGUGGGACACCAAGCUUGGUGGCUACGAUAUACCCAAGAACGCCACCAUUUUGAUUAGCCUGCGUUCUGUGCAUCUGGAUAAAGAGCACUGGAAAGAUCCCCUUGAGUUCCGACCGGAGCGGUUUCUCGAUUCGGCUGGUAAGUGCUUCAAGGACGAGUACUUCAUGCCCUUCGGACUGGGCCGACGUCGUUGUCUUGGCGAUGCCCUCGCUCGUGCCUGUAUCUUCUCGUUUUUGGUGCGAAUCGUUCAGCAUUUCAGCAUCAUCCUUCCGCCGGGUGAAACUCCAUCCAUGGUCCUGCUGCCUGGAAUAACGCUCACUCCAAAACCCUAUAAGGUGCAGUUCGUAAGGCGCAACUGAAUGCACUAUUCAAUUGCACGGUGUCGGUGAUAAACGUCCAUUGGGGAAUAUAGUACAUAUAUUAUAUAUGUACAUGUUGAAGUGUUAAGUGUAAUAAACAUUUGAAUAUAAGCUUAGGACCAAGAGAUGGUGCUAAAUGUAUUACCCUUUGUAACUCCCGGUUGAAGAAUAAAUCCAUUUAAAUAGGAUAAGAUUAAAAAACAUAUUUCAACAUAGUCCUCUUUCAAUACAUAUAUCUACACGUUAAAAAAGUAUUAAUAACCAUUUAUGAUAUACUUAUUAGUUGUGGUCUAGUUGUUCUUUAUUGAUGUGUCCUCUAAAUUUAAUUUCAAGUUUCAUAAUUUAAACAAUUUUACAUGCGGCGAAUUGCAUAACAAAAUCAAAUAAAAACAUUUAAAGUUA